GCUGCACCUCUGUCUGUCCUUAUUCGUGAAGGUGAAAUCGGUCCCCGAUUUAUCUCUCUGCCUGCCUCCCUCCUGAACCCUUGCGGACGUCCUUCUGUCUCAACUCCACAAUCAUGUCUGUAUUCGGCGACGUCCCGCAGGCGCCUCCAGUGGCGGUCUUCAAGCUGUCCGCCGACUUCCGCGAGGACAACCACCCACAGAAAGUGAACCUCGGCGUCGGAGCCUACCGCACCGAUGACUCUCAGCCGUGGGUUCUGCCGGUGGUGAAGAAGGUGGAGCGCCUCAUCGUGGAGGACACGAGCCUCAACCACGAGUACCUGCCCAUCCUCGGGCUGCCAGAAUUCCGAUCGGCCGCUUCCAAGGUUGCCCUGGGAGAAGACAGCCCUGCCGUCAAGGAGGGCAGGGUCGGGGGAGUCCAGUCUCUGGGUGGCACGGGCGCCCUGAGGAUCGGGGCCGAGUUCUUGCGGCGUUGGCACAAUGGCGUCAACAACACAGCCACUCCUGUUUACGUGUCUGCGCCGACCUGGGCGAACCACAACGGUGUGUUUGCCGACGCUGGGUUCAAGGACAUCCGUCCGUACCGCUACUGGGAUGCCGCCAAGAGAGGUCUGGACCUCAGAGGCUUGCUGGAUGACCUUGAGCAAGCUCCAGAAGGUUCCAUUUUUGUGCUCCACGCCUGCGCUCACAACCCCACCGGCACCGAUCCCAAUCAGGGCCAAUGGAGGCAGAUCGCCGAGAUCAUGAAGAACAGGAAUCUUUUUGUCUUUUUCGACUCGGCCUACCAAGGCUUCGCCUCGGGUUCUCUGGAGAAAGACGCGUGGGCCAUUCGCUUCUUUGUGUCUCAGGGCUUUGAACUCUUUGUGGCUCAGUCCUUCUCCAAGAACUUUGGCCUCUACAACGAGCGGGUGGGCAACCUGACGGUGGUGGCGCGAGACGGCGACAACCUGGGCCGCGUCCUGUCUCAGAUGGAGAAGAUCGUGAGGACCACCUGGUCCAACCCGCCCUCGCAAGGCGCUCGCAUCGUCAGCAAGACCCUCAACUGCCCCCAGCUCUUUGCGGAAUGGCAAGAUAACGUGAAGACGAUGGCCGAUCGUGUGCUCCUCAUGCGGGACCAGCUCAAGUUGAAGCUGCUGUCCCUGGGCACCCCGGGAACAUGGGACCACAUCACCCAGCAGAUCGGAAUGUUCAGCUUCACCGGCCUCAACCCCAAUCAGGUGGCGUACAUGAUCAAAGAGAAGCACGUGUACCUGAUGGCGAACGGUCGCAUCAACAUGUGCGGCCUCACCUCCAAGAACCUGGACUACGUGGCGCAGUCCAUCCACGACGCCGUCACCCAGGUCCAGUGAGAGGGAACGCCAUCUCCGCUUCUCCCUGCACGUUUUGUCCCCCGUCCCGCUCUCCGUUGUCCACAUCUUUGAUGUCACCGAAAGUGUGAGUUGUACAUCCUCACUCCUCCCGCUAAGCCGAUGGUUCCCAACAUGUACUGAGCCAAAGAUCCAUUUUACAUUCGAAAAAUGUUCUGGCACGUCACCAAACAAAAACAUCAUCAAAAGUAAUAGCCCUGAUGCGAAUUGCAAAAUAACCAGAGGAACUGUCACCUCCUAACCCCCCCCCCGCAAUAUUUUGGUUGUAUUUCUAAAAAGUAUUAUUGAAUACAUUGCAUCUAGUCAGUCACUGCCACACAAUGGACAGUUUGAAAAUUGGCGCCUGAUUAUCAGAAAAAAAAAUAUAUAUAUAUAUAUAUUAUUUUUAAAAGCAAACAGUUUAAUGGUAUAGUAAAUGCAAAUGUUUUGAAUUUUAGAGGGUAGAUACAACUGAACUGUACUCAAUGAGUGAUUUAUUCUGGAUACCACUAGAGGGAGCCCCGUUAUCGUAGUUCAGUGCUGUAAAUAGUCCCUAACUAUGAUCCUCAAACACUUGAUCAUUACACAACCUUGGACUCAAAAGUAAUCAUGAAGGGUUCUGUUUUCAUGACAGAUUACAUUUAAAAAUAAAUGAUUGACAGAUUAUUCGAUUUUUGCAGCACGAGGAUGCUGGCGCAAACAAAGAGUCCUGUUAUUUCAACGUGCUUCCCUGUUGACUUACUACUUUCCUGUUAGCUUGGCUUUGAUGUCAUCAAGUAGUUUUGUUGGGGGGGGGGGGAUAGCCCAAAAAAUAUGCAGCCAAUUGUGAAGGGGGG